UCCUCAGGUAACGCUGUGUGACUCAUUCUCACACACACCUUAAACAGCGCACAUGGCGCUGUUACACCUUUACUCUUCAACUUAGCCCGACGACGAACUGUGGGAAUAAACUGAAUGAGCGCCGCACGCAGCGAAACAGGAUUUCUUAGAAGAGCAGAGGACUUGAAGGAAGCGUUGGACUUGGACUCAAAGACAGUGAGUUGUGAGGAACAGAUUUUUCUUGAAGGAGGAUUGUUUGUUUCCAUCGUAAAGAAUCAAAUUAGUUUUCUCCGUCAGACUGUGGAAGUGACAGUGCCGCACAGAAUUUGCAGAGAGCUCACCUGAUACUUGAUAGUAGUUCUCUUUCGAGCUGUCCAUGACAAUGCCGGUGGUCAAAGUGGAGAAAGACUCUGCAGCAGACACUUUGUCUGACUCCAACCCUCCGCCACAGACAGAGGAGCAGCCCAAAGGUCGGAGGAGGAAGAGACCUCUCCAGCGAGGGAAACCCCCUUACAGCUACAUCGCUCUCAUUUCCAUGGCCAUAGCAAAUGCCCCGGAUCGAAAACUGACUCUGGGGGGCAUCUACAAAUUCAUCACAGAGCGUUUCCCCUUUUACAGAGACAAUUCAAAGAAGUGGCAGAACUCCAUCCGCCACAACUUGACACUCAAUGAUUGUUUUAUCAAGAUCCCCCGAGAGCCAGGGAGGCCAGGAAAGGGCAACUACUGGGCUCUAGAUCCAAACGCAGAGGACAUGUUCGAGAGCGGCAGCUUCCUGAGGCGGAGAAAGAGGUUUAAGCGCUUAGACUUGACCACCUACGCCGCAUUUGUCCAGGAGACACCAGUUUUCUCUCCUGUCCAGAUUGCCAGGUCAGCUGCAUAUACCAGCUCAUUCUACUCCAACAUGACCGUCAGUCCGACCUACGGGCAGCAGCUACCGUCUGCCUACUACCCCUCGUCAUCACCUCCUGGUUUCGGACCAGGUCAGACCCGCACGUUCAGCAUCAAUAACCUCAUGGGACACCCGACCCCAGCGAGCAUGCUGGGAGGUCAAGGGGCCGAGGGGAUGCAGCAGCCCAGUCAGGGCUAUGCAACAGGACAGCACCUCCAUGCCUCAGCCCACGGACACGCAGAGUCCAUGGAGCAUUACGGCAGGAUCUCCCCAGUGCAGCUGGGUUCCUUCUCCCAGUAUAACAGUGCUGCGGGUCCCAUCAGCAACACCGGGGGUUACCUGCGACACCCCACAUACCCAGGGAAUAUAGACAGGUUUGUGUCUGCUAUCUGAGAUCAUGAGAACGUCGAUUCCAGCAUCUCACUACGUUCUUCACAGAGACUUGGAGACAGCAGCAAGUGAGCCAGACAUUUCUGCACACAAACAGGAUCGUUCUACAUUUUUUGAAUAGACAAAAGUGGUCAGACUGAAUACAGACACUUCUCCUGACACAACUGUGAUUCAUACCAUUAAAGCUAACAAUCCAUUUUUCAGUACUGAGGGUAAUUUACUUAAAGGUCAAGCUUCAAAUCUGGUUUUAAAAUGUCACGGCUUCUUCGCAGCAUGUGAGAAUGUAACAUUCGUCUAAUUUCAUGUGUGGUUUUUGCGAGCUUCUUUUUUUUUGUUGCCAUGACUUGAACGUGCAAGUUAAAAAUGAUUUACAUUACUAAGUAAGUUUAAACGGCAGUUAUUGAAAUGUUACCAUAAAUUAUUGUGUUUCGUGGUCAUAGGCUUUGCAUUAAGUGGCUUUUAUGAAGAACGUCAGCUUUAGUUUUUUUGCAUGUAUUUUGUUGCCAAAUGAAAAUGCAUAUUAAGUCAUCUUUUUGGAAAUAAACAAUCUUAUAUGGGUUUAAGAAUAUCA